UUUUCUUCCUCAUCCCCAUUUAUCAUAUCAAAGUCUUUACGGUUUCUCUCCAUUUAUCACCACUGGUUCCCUUUUGAUAUUUUUUUUAUUCCUUUCCUGGAUGACACAACUGCACUGAACACCAACGAUCAUUCAUCGGAAGGAAAACAAAAAACAAAAACAAAAAAGGGAUGGAAAGCUGGUUUGUGAUCGUGAUCUCGUUGUGCAUAGGUUUGAUGGUGCGAUCAAUUUUGUUGGCCGCAUCAUCAUCAAAUACAAAGACAAAGGGAAACAAAAUUAAUCUUCCGCCGGGACCUCGGACUUUCCCCAUAAUCGGUAACAUCUCAUUGCUCCGCAAAUCCUCGACCGAAAUAGAGGCCAUCCUCCGCAACAUCCACCGCAAAUACGGACCCGUCGUCAGCAUCCGCAUCGCCCACCGCCCCGCCGUGUUCGUCGCCGACCGCACCCUCGCCCACCAGGCUUUGGUCCAAAACGGCGCCGUCUUCGCCGACCGCCCUCCGGCCGCCCCCACCAACCGCUUCCUCUCCAGCAACCAACACAGCAUCAGCUCUGCCGCCUACGGCCCCACCUGGCGCCUCCUCCGCCGCAACCUCACCGCCAACAUCCUCCACCCUUCCCGCAUCAGCUCCUUCUCCAACGCUCGCCGCUGGGUCCUACAACUCCUCCUUGACCGCCUCCUCGUUACUAGCAGUGAUAUUACAAGUACUAGUAGUACAAAUGGCGUUUGCGUGAAGGAGCACUUUCAAUACGCCAUGUUCUGCUUGCUGGUCCUCAUGUGCUUCGGCGACAAGCUGGAUGAGCCCAAAAUCAAGGACAUCGAGACCGUCCAGCGGCGUCUUCUUCUGCGCCUCAGGCGCUUCAAUAUCCUCAACUUCUGGCCCAAGAUCACCAAGAUUCUCCUCAGAAAGCGGUGGCAGGAGCUUCUCCAACUCCGCCAGGACCAAGAGGACGUCCUGGCCCCGCUCAUUGAAGCCCGGAGAAACAAGGCAGAAUCCGAUUCCGUUUCCGAUUCGGAAUCGGAAUCGAUAGUGUGCUAUGUGGACACCCUGCUGGAUCUCCGGCUACCGGCCGACGUCAAGGAGAGAGAGAAAGAGAUGAGCAGAAAGUUGGAGAUGAGCGAAAUGGUGAGUCUUUGCUCUGAAUUCCUGAACGCGGGGACGGACACGACGUCGACGGCGUUGGAGUGGAUAAUGGCCAACAUAGUUAAACACCCCCGCAUUCAAGACAAGCUCUACGCGGAGAUCAAGCAAGUUGUUGGGAGUAAACAGCAGGAAGAAGAAGAAGAAGAAGUUGGGCGUGUUGUAGUUGAGGAGGAGGAUUUGCGAAAGAUGGCUUAUCUCAAGGCCGUUGUGCUGGAGGGGCUGAGGCGGCACCCGCCGGGACACUUUGUGCUUCCUCACGCGGUGACGGAGGAGGAGGUGGUGCUGGGAGGACACGCGGUGCCCAAGGAGGCCUCCAUCAACUUCAUGGUCGCGGAUAUUGGGUGGGACCCAAGUGUGUGGGAGGAUCCGAUGGCGUUCAAGCCGGAGAGGUUCCUGGGCAACGGAGGGGAGGUUGUUGAGAUGAUCACUGGGAGCAAGGAAAUAAAGAUGAUGCCUUUUGGAGCGGGACGGAGAAUAUGUCCUGGUCAUGGGCUGGCCAUCCUUCACUUGGAGUAUUUUGUGGCCAAUUUGGUUUGGAGUUUUGAGUGGAACUACAAGGCCUCGGCCUCGGCUGAUGAGGUUGACUUGUCCGAGAAACAGGAGUUCACCACUGUCAUGAAAUAUCCUCUCAAAGCCCGCUUGUCUCCCAGGUCCCCGUGAUCUUUUAUUAUAAUCUUAAUCUUAAUCUUUACAAAAAGUAGGUAGAUGUGCGCAGUUCAAGGACCAAAUCUGAAACCAGAUCUUCCUCACCACCAGUACCUUACUACUUUUUGCAGAUCUGAAACCAGAGCAAUAAGACUUUAUUAUUAUUAUUUUACUAUCGUGUUGCUUCUUGUUUAAAAGAUUUCAACAUAAAUAGUUCCUAGUGUAUAAAUAUAUGAUUUUCUGGGUUAGUUGAUUUGGAUGAAAGUUUAUAUGAAGAUGCUUUCAGAUCUUGCUCAUUUUUUGAAAUUGUUGCUGUUGACGCUGAAAACUAAUCAACAGAAAUAGGUCGGUCACUUCUAGAUAUCAUGUUAGAUUACCGGCUUGAUAUUGAUUGUAUACUCAAUACAUGUAAUGAAGUGUUUGUUGUAUUUUUAAAAUGGUGAUCAAUAUGAGAAGAAAUACUUGAAGUAGAA